AUGACCGGAAUUACCGUCGGAGUUCUUGCCUUGCAAGGCGCAUUUGUCGAACAUGUUCACUUGCUGAAAAAGGCUGCUGCUGGGUCUUCCUCGGGCUCGCAAUGGGAAUUCAUCGAGGUGCGGACCCCACAGGAACUGGAGAGAUGCGAUGCGCUCAUUUUGCCCGGAGGCGAGAGCACGACGAUGUCGCUUGUCGCGGAGCGGUCUAACUUAUUGGAGCCGCUGAGGGAAUUUGUCAAGGUCCAUCGCAAGCCUGCAUGGGGCACCUGUGCCGGCCUGAUUUUACUCUCCGAGUCCGCGAACCGGACUAAGAAGGGAGGCCAAGAACUCAUCGGCGGUCUGGAGGUCCGGGUGAACCGUAACCAUUUCGGUCGCCAAACCGAGAGCUUCCAAGCGCCAUUGGAUCUGCCAUUUUUGGAGUCGGAGCAAACUUCAUUCCCCGCUGUUUUCAUCCGCGCACCGGUCGUCGAGAAGAUCAUGUACAACCAGGAGGGUGCCCAGACCGGGAAAGAGACUGUUGUGGCGCCGUCGAAACAGCCGGCGGCUAAGACAAUAGCACGCGAGGUGGAAGUAUUGGCGAGUCUUCCUGGCAGAGCUGCUAGAUUGGCCAACGAAGGUAAAGAAGUCAAUGCGGACAAAGAUACUGGGGACAUUGUUGCAGUCCGGCAGGGUAACGUUUUUGGAACGAGCUUCCACCCCGAAUUGACCGACGAUGCUAGGAUACAUGCGUGGUGGUUGCGCCAAGUAGAGGAGUCCGUGAAGAACAAAGCAUAG